CGGCGGCAGGGUGGGGAGAGGAAGUGACGUCAUCACGCCCGGCGCGCGGGGGGCGGGCAGCGGAAGGAGGGCGGCGGCCAUCUUUAGUGCCGGCAGGAGCGGAGCCGGGGUCCCGAUGCCGGCGGAGAAGAUGGCGGUGGACGGGCCCGAGCAGAUGGAGAUGGACGAUGGGAAAGGCGGCACAGGGCUCCGGCAGUACUACUUGUCCAAGAUCGAGGAGCUACAGCUCAUCGUGAAUGAGAAGAGCCAGAACCUGCGGCGCCUGCAAGCGCAGAGAAAUGAGUUGAAUGCUAAGGUGCGCCUGUUGCGGGAGGAGCUGCAGCUGCUGCAGGAGCAGGGCUCCUAUGUGGGAGAAGUGGUGAGAGCCAUGGACAAGAAGAAAGUGCUUGUCAAGGUGCACCCGGAGGGGAAGUUUGUGGUGGAUGUGGACAAGAACAUCGACAUUAAUGAUGUGAGUGUCCUGGGGCCGUGGGAGGGGAUGCCACCGCUCCCUCCAGGCAGCCUGGCGCUGCCUGAUCCCUUCUCUGCCGCGGGGAUGCUGAGCUCCCCUUUGCUCUUGCUGCAGGUGACCCCAAACUGCCGCGUGGCCCUGCGCAAUGAUAGCUAUACGCUGCACAAGAUCCUGCCCAACAAAGUGGACCCUCUCGUGUCCUUGAUGAUGGUGGAGAAGGUUCCGGAUUCCACUUACGAGAUGAUUGGGGGCUUGGACAAGCAGAUAAAGGAGAUCAAGGAAGUGAUCGAGCUGCCCGUCAAGCACCCUGAGCUUUUUGAGGCGCUGGGGAUCGCCCAGCCCAAGGGCGUACUGCUCUAUGGACCCCCCGGAACAGGCAAGACCUUGCUGGCCAGGGCUGUGGCCCACCACACUGACUGCACCUUCAUCCGCGUCUCAGGCUCCGAGCUGGUGCAGAAGUUUAUUGGUGAAGGUGCCCGCAUGGUGCGGGAGCUGUUUGUGAUGGCCCGGGAACAUGCUCCCUCCAUCAUCUUCAUGGAUGAGAUCGACUCCAUCGGCUCCUCCCGCCUGGAGGGGGGCUCUGGCGGGGACAGCGAGGUGCAGCGCACGAUGCUGGAGCUCCUCAACCAGCUCGAUGGCUUUGAGGCCACCAAGAACAUCAAGGUGAUCAUGGCCACCAACCGGAUCGACAUCCUGGACUCAGCUCUGCUGCGCCCUGGCCGCAUUGACAGGAAGAUCGAGUUCCCCCCUCCCAACGAGGAGGCUCGCCUGGACAUCCUCAAGAUCCACUCCCGGAAAAUGAACCUGACACGGGGCAUCAACCUGCGGAAGAUUGCGGAGCUGAUGCCAGGGGCGUCGGGUGCUGAAGUGAAGGGGGUGUGCACAGAAGCUGGCAUGUACGCGCUGAGGGAGAGACGGGUGCAUGUCACACAAGAAGACUUUGAAAUGGCUGUUGCCAAGGUGAUGCAGAAGGACAGUGAGAAGAACAUGUCCAUCAAGAAGCUGUGGAAGUAACGGUGAGGCUGGGGCUGCUCCUCGGGUGGCGUUGUCUCUAAUAAAGUGCUGCUAAUGGCCA